UUAAAUAUAAAAAUAAAAAAGAUCUCCCUCUCUCUCUUUCCACUUCGCUCUCUUUUUCUUCCUGCAACGACCUGAACGCCUUAUCUCAUCUCUGCCCCCCUGAAUUUCAAAAUUCCGCUUAAGCCAUGAGAGAAGAGUCGGCCGUUGUGACAUUCCGAAGCAUCCCGAGCCUCAGAGCUUCUCGGUUCAGUUGUAUCGAUACGCCAGCGGAGUAUGAAACGUUGUGGAAAACCGACGAUCGGCUUAGCUUUACAGUUACUCUUGCUGGUAGAGCUGGUGGUGGAGGAGGUAAAGGCAGGAUUGAUAAUUUUGCAUGUCUUGCACUGGCCGAGAAGCGAAGCCAAAAAGAGUUCCAGCCGACUCCUGCUCAGCUCGCCAAGCAUCCUUUAACUUUACUCGCUUACGUGCCGAGAGACGCCGCGAUUUUUGCCGCUGGUGCCGUCGCUGGAGCUGCCGCAAAAACCGUCACGGCUCCGCUUGACCGUAUCAAGCUACUUAUGCAGACUUAUGGGGUGAGAGCUGGGCAAGAAGGUGCUAAGAAGGCAAUUGGUUUCAUCGAGGCCAUAGCAUUGAUAGCAAAGGAAGAAGGAAUUAAAGGAUACUGGAAAGGAAAUCUCCCUCAGGUUAUACGGAUUAUACCUUAUAGUGCAGUCCAGCUCUUUGCUUAUGAAACUUACAAGAAACUUUUUAAGGAUAAGGAUGGUCAGCUCUCUGUUAUUGGGAGGCUUGCGGCAGGUGCUUGUGCUGGCAUGACAUCCACUUUUGUGACAUAUCCUUUAGAUGUCUUGAGGUUACGCUUAGCAGUAGAACCAGGGUAUCAAACCAUGUCUCAGGUAGCCUUAAACAUGUUUCGAGAGGAAGGAUUUGCAUCCUUCUAUUAUGGACUGGGACCUUCUCUUAUUGGAAUAGCACCAUACAUUGCUGUGAACUUUUGCAUUUUUGAUUUGGUGAAGAAGGCUUUGCCUGAGAAAUACCAACAAAAGACUCAAUCAUCGCUAUUAACGGCUGUUGUUUCAGCUGGUGUUGCCACACUCACAUGCUAUCCUUUGGACACAAUUAGAAGACAGAUGCAAAUGAAGGGUACACCUUACAAGUCGGUUUUGGAUGCCUUUACAGGUAUUGUGGCACAUGAAGGAGUUGUUGGCUUGUACAAGGGUUUUUUGCCAAAUGCAUUAAAAAACCUGCCAAACAGCAGCAUUAGGCUCACUACCUUUGACAUUGUUAAACGUCUAAUUACUGCAAGCGAGAAAGAGUUCCAAAAAAUUGUGGAGGAAAACCGCGAGAAACAAAGCCAGAAUGCCAAGAUAUAAAUUCUCCUGAUCUUUAUCCAUCUCUAUAGCUGAAUGAACUAUUAUUCUCCUGCCCAAUAUUCCUGUGGCGAUAUGUUCCACCAGAACCGUCCGUAAUUCGUAGGUAUAUUGUUUUGCCAAUAUAGGUUCAAGAUGCAGGAGAAUUCCUGAGCGGCCAGUGGUGUUACUGUUCUGCUCUGUUUGUUCGUUAAACAUUUUGUGCUAGUCAGUGCGCCAUUCUUUUAGGUACACCUUUAAUAAGUAGGGUUCUAGGGUAAUUAGAGUUGUGAAGAACAUCUGUACGGCAAGCCUAGAUUUUGAGCUUCCUGCAGAGUAGUUCCUCAUAGGAGGUUUGUGUUUCUGUAAAACAGUUUUUUUUUUUUUUUUGCCUGCCAAUAUUGUUAUCUCAUUUCCAGAAUUUUAUAUUUCAUUCUCAGUUUCCCACUCCUUAA